AAUUUGCAUUGGUAAUAUGUCAUCUUAAAAAAUAGAGCACCUCUACCAAACUAUUAUAGCUAGAUUUAUUCAUUUCCAUUAAUAACCUUUGCUGAGGUCAGAACUGGUUGUGUCUUUUGUAUGGAUCUCCUUUAACUCAUAUAUAUAUAUAUAUAUAUAUUUAAUUACAGUGAUAAAGUGGGCCUUGCCAAAACCAAAAGUUUCCUUAGUCGUCUUGGACUAGUGGCAUGCAAUCAAGAUUGUUUCCAUGUGCAAGAAAUAUGCCAAGCUGUAUACACCCGAUCUGCCAAACUCUGUGCUGCUGGAUUGGCUGCUGUUCUCAUACAUACUCAUGAACUACAUCCGCUUCCAGAGACGAAGAUCUGUGUAGUUAUGGGUGGGGACAUGUACAAGAGCCAUUCAAUGUAAGGAACUGUCUUGGACAGAGGAACAUUUAUUUUCAUCAGACCAGUGCUAGUUUCUCUUGCCAAUAGUUCUUGGUAUUAUUGCUCAAUUAGUAUAUUGUUUUUAGCAUUUCUCCUGGAUUAGGGUACAAAUUCUAAAAAGUUUUUCUAAGAAAUGAUUUUUCUCUUCUUCAGCUUAGCAGCCAAUAUUUAUUUCUUUAAUUAUCAGCUGAGUAAGUGCCUAAUCCUUUGUUCUGCUGACGUUUCUUGUAUUGCUGUAAGUCAUGUGUAUGUGAGAGGAGGCGGGGGGGGGAGAGAAAAAUGGUUCUAUCUAGUUAAAUAUUUCUAAGCUUGAAUUGUUUCCUUUGGAAAUUUGAUUCUGCUAAGCUAAAUAAGUUGUUUACACCAUCUCAAACUAUAUUUUUUUACCAUUUUGUAUUAACAUUUGGAUAAUGUAAGGAGGCCUAUAUGUACAUAUAAGAAGCAAAUUUACUCCUUUUUGAGCAGGAUAAUCCUAAAAAGAGGCAUAGGUCAAGAAAAAGUGAUUGGACCAAUGCAAUGGAUUACUUCUUGUCUUUAUCCUUCAAAAAGCCUUGACAUUUCUUCUCCCUCCAGGUACAGUGAGAUACUACAGCAAACCCUGAAAGAGCUGGUUCCUGAAUAUUCUGUCACAUUUAUCCCAUCAGAUGAUGGCAGUGCCUUAGGGACUGCCAUAGUGACAGCUGUAGAAGUGAAGCUUAGAAACCGUCGAGAGGGCCUGGCUCAGGUUCUGGCUCCUUUAAAGCUUUCAAUUGUAGAUCUUGAAAGAUUACGGAAUGGGAUCCGACUAGAGAUGGAUAACGGCCUGUUGAAGACAGCCACCAAGAAAAGCUGUCUACGCAUGUUGCCCACUUUCGUCAGUUAUUUGCCUGAUGGCUCUGAGAGAGGGGAUUUCCUGGCAUUGGAUCUAGGUGGAACCAAUUUCCGAGUAUUGAUGGUACAGGUGAAAAGCCAAGAGGAGGGUGGUGUGCACAUCGUCAAUGAGACUUACUCCAUUCCACCAGAAAUAACUCAAAGUAGUGGGCUACAGCUAUUUGACCAUAUUGUGAACUGUAUGGUGGAUUUUCAUAGUAAGCACAGGAUGUCUGAACAUACUCUACCACUCGGUUUCACUUUUUCCUUUCCAUGCAAUCAAGUAAGCCUGGAUAAGGGCAUCUUGCUGAGAUGGACUAAGGGCUUCAACGCCACUGACUGUGUAGGAGAAGAUGUUGUGAAUUUGUUGCGGGAUGCAGUACAGCGUCAGAAGACUAUUGAUGUAGAUGUGGUUGCCUUAGUGAAUGACACAGUGGGAACAAUGAUGUCAUGUGCCUACCUAGACCGUAACUGUGAAGUUGGUCUUAUUGUUGGAACUGGAUGCAAUGCUUGCUAUAUGGAAGAAAUGAGGAAUGUGGGCGCCUUGGAGAGUAAUGAUGGCAGAAUGUGCAUCAAUAUGGAAUGUGGGGCAUUUGGAGAUGAUGGCUGUCUUGACCACUACAUAACAUCUUAUGAUGACAUAGUGGAUAAAGAAUCUCUCAAUGCUAGCCAACAAAGAUUAGAGAAGAUGAUUAGUGGCAUGUAUUUGGGUGAGAUAGUGCGCUAUGUUCUGUUGGAGUUAGCGUCUCGCGAGAUCAUCUUUAGGGGUCAUACGUUACAAGGACUUCAGAACAAAGGCAUCUUUCCCACUAAAUUGUUAUCAGACAUUGAGAAUGACAGCGAAAGCCGGCAACAUGUUUAUCACAUCCUGGAAGAUCUGGGUUUGCCCGUUUCUGCUGAGGACGCCAAAGUGGUGAAGGAAGUGUGUCAUACCGUGACUUCACGAGCUGCUAUGAUGUGUGCAGCUGCAGUGGCAGCUGUUGUAGAAAAGAUUCGAGAAAAUAAGCGCAUGACAAAGCUGGAGGUGACGGUUGGCGUGGAUGGGACAGUGUAUAAGAUGAACCCUUACUUUGCAAAAAAACUUCAGGAUACAGUAGCUCUGCUGGCUCCAAACUGCAAUGUCAAAUUCUUAUUGUCAGAGGAUGGUUCAGGAAAGGGAGCUGCACUCAUUGCUGCUGUGGCCUGCCGUACAAAGGUCUCUUAAUAAGCAGGAGA